UUUAAAGGACAUGCCACAAGAUUUUGUUUAGACGAGAAAUUCAUUCGUCAAGUCAGGAUGGCGCUCUGUGCCUCCUCUCUUCACCUCAAAGCAAUCCCUCCGCCGAACCUUUUCUCGCCGCCAACCUUCUCUCGCCCAUCUUCGCGGGCCUCCUACCUACGAUUGGUACGUGGGAAAGCAGCGCCUCCUGCUUCCAGAGCUCUUCGAGAAUGGCGGGAGUACGAAGAGGCGGUGAAGCGCAAGGACCUCGCUUCUGCUCUCCGCUUCUUGAAGUCCCAAUCCGUGCCCGGUGAUUUUGACGAGGUGGGGAUGUACCCGUAUGGGAAAUCGGAGGAGAGGAAUUGGGAGGUCCUGGAUACGUGCUUGAGCGCGGACGAUAUGAAGCUCGUCACCAGUGCUUAUGCCCUUCUCAAGGACAGGGGUUUCUUGCCCAAUUUCGGCAAAUUCCGGAGCAUCGUUCUAGAGGGACCGAGGGAAGUUACGCCCACAGUGCUCAAGUCUUCCACCGGGUUGGAAGUCACUAGAUUUUCCCCGAAGAAGUGGGGCCUUGAUAGAACCUCGAGUGCACUCCUGGUGGCUUUUCUCGGCGGGGUUUCUGUUCUUCUCUCCCAAGGGAUUGAUAUUAGACCUAAUCUGGCGGUGAUACUUGGACUAGCUUUCGUGGACUCGGUGUUCCUCGGUGGCUCUUGUUUAGCUCAAAUUUCAAGCUAUUGGCCUCCAUAUCGCCGACGAAUCCUUGUCCACGAAGCUGGCCAUCUCCUUACAGCAUACCUGAUGGGUUGCCCAAUUCGUGGCGUAAUUUUGGAUCCGAUCGUUGCAAUGCAAAUGGGCAUUCAGGGACAGGCAGGAACGCAGUUUUGGGAUGACAAGAUGGACAAAGAACUUGCUGAGGGGCGGCUCAGCGGCACUGCCUUUGAUAGGUAUUCCAUGGUGCUUUUUGCUGGCAUCGCUGCUGAAGCUCUUAUCUAUGGUGAUGCUGAGGGUGGAGAAAAUGACGAGAAUAUGUUUAGGAGCCUAUGUGUCCUAUUGGAACCCCCAUUGUCAGUUUCACAGAUGUCGAAUCAGGCCAGGUGGGCGGUUCUACAGUCUUAUAAUCUGCUCAAAUGGCAUAAACAAGCCCAUCGGGCUGCUGUGAAUGCUCUGGAUAGUGGCUAUAGUCUUAGCAUGGUAAUCAGGCAAAUUGAGGAAGCAAUGUCUUCUCAGAAAUGACAAUAAGGCUGUGGAGAUGAGUGCAUUGACUUGUGGUGCUGUCUCAUCAACUCAUGUCGGCACCCUAAGAUAUCGACAGUUGCCUUCCUUGAUGGGCCUAUUGAUACCCACUGUCUCAGUGAUAAGCCUGAGAGUCCGGACUGCGGACACAUAAUGGGCAUGCCGUAAACCUUCAUCAGUGAAAAUGCGUAUCGUGCGCUCAAGGAUGAAAGCCAGUCUGACAGGGAGUUGUAGAGAUGCAAUUUCGGUCACCCAAAGCCUUUGGGAGCAACUCUGCUUUGUGAAACUGACCACGCGUUCUUUGGGAUGCUUGACCGAUGACAUGGAUUUUGCACUCUCAAAAGAUAAAUCAAAUGAUAAAGCUGCAUAAGCCUCUAAAUUUGUUCCUUGGACCAGCAAGUGUCUAGAGUUGGUUACUUGUUAGCUAAAAACCACCUUGGAUUGUACUAAAAUUUGGUUGGAGAAAAGGCUGGUGCAGCGUACAUAACCUCCUUUCGGCAGUACUUUCAUUUCAUGUAACGUUGACUAUUGUCUUGUUUGUCUAAUGAGUUCAAAUCUUGUGAUAUUUUAAAGUCAAGGGACGUUGUCAAA